CGGCGUCAAAACAUCUUCUCAGUAAUCCUCGUUUUCGUGUGCUAGGAGAGAGAAACAGAGAAGAAGUUUGUGUCAAUCUGUAAGAUUUUUUUAAGAGAGAAAAAACUUGAAACCUAAUCUAUCAUUCUUCUUCUUCUUCGAAUUUUCUUCAUGAAAUUUGUGAUUCAAACCCUAAUUUUGACGCUUUAACGACCAAUAUCAUUAACAGGUCAGGGAAGGAGAAAUAAUACUUGUACAAUAUGAACACUAGCAGUACUAGCAGCAGAAUAAUGGACAACAUGCACAUUAGCUUCCUUGGCAUGGUUUUGUUUGGGUAUUUUUAGAGUAGGAGUUGUACAGUAGGGUAGUUUUUGGACUUUUGGAGUUAGAUCUGUGCAUAGGAAUUACUACAGUAAAGAAAAAUGGACGUGAGGAGCGCAAAGGUGUUGGGUAAUGGACAAACUAUAGUGGUUGAUUUAAAGCGGAAGCGUGCAGCUCAAUGUGCAGCACAAUUUACUGGAGCUGCUCGAAUGGCUGCACGGCAGUUUCCCGCACUAUCGCCUCCCAAGAGGCUUCGUCAGCGGACGAGGUCUAGUGGAUGCAAAAACAGUUGUGGAUCCCAUUUUAAGAAAUCAUUGCUGAAGAACUAUUCAAAUUUUAUGAAGAGUGGAUUGCCUCAGCGUUUGAUGUAUUACAAUGGUGACUGGGCUGAUUUUCCUGAAGGUUUUAUUGGAUUGGUCAAAGAAGAUUUCCGGGUAAAGAAGGCGGCCAUAGAAGUGGAGUUCAAGGGUCAACGUUCGGUUUUGGACUUCCUUCACAUGGUUCAAAUUGAUUUGAAGACGGGUUUACAGAAUCCGAUUGCAUGGAUUGAUGAGGAGGGCAGUUGUUUCUUUCCCGAAUUAUAUACUGAUGCCAACAAGUUACAUGAUUGUGCUCAGGCUGCAAAUGAAAAAGAUGGAACAUAUUUUUAUUCAGAGCCAAACGGGAUGCGUGAAAUAAAAUUGCAACUGGAGAUUGAACUAACUGGAGUUGAUAGCUCGAAGAUGGUAGAAUGCAUUGAAGAGUCUAACACUUAUGUUAAGAGGCUUAAAAUUGAUGGAAAACCUGUCAGCAAACAUUAUGAGAUCGAACAGGAUGACAACAUUGCUGAUUUGAAGGAGGUAACUGGGGAAAACAAGUUGCCUGAUGCAACAUCUAACUGGCAAAAUGCUUCUCUGGAGUCUAUGCAGGGGAAGUUGUCCUUGGAUUCCGUGCAGCACAUGUUCCUUGAGGGUAUGGGUUCAUCCUUUUGUGCACAAAAUAUACUUGAGAUACGUCGUGGUUCAAGUAUCUCUGCAUUAGCAAGGUUGGAGCUCUUUCAAAAGCAGAUAGAGAUCACUAGGAAGUAUCGGGGCAAUGCAAAUGUUAGAUUUGCUUGGCUUGCUUCUUCCAAGGAAGCUUCAUUCCGGAUACUCACUCAUGGUCUAGGGAUGGAUGGACUGGUUAGUAUUGGGGGACUGGCUAAAACUAAGCCUACAUAUGGCUUUGGUGUUAAUCUUUCUGCAGAUGUCAGUUCAAGUUAUAAUGAUGUUGACGAAAAUGGUGUACAGUAUAUGUUGUUGUGCCGUGUUAUAAUGGGAAAUAUGGAACUUGUUCAACCUGGAUCUGAACAGUUUCACCCAAGUAGUGAAAACUUCGAUAGCGGGGUAGAUGACUUACAAGAUCCCAAGCAUUACAUAGUAUGGAAUGUGAAUAUGAACACUCACAUCUUUCCAGAAUAUGUUAUCAGUUUCAAGGCCGCAUCUGUUGAGAAAGGUCAGGUGGUUUCAACAUGCAGAGUUGACGUGUCAGGGGUUACUAAUUCUAGAGUUGAUGGGUCAGGUGUUACGAAUUCUGCCUCGUACCAGCAUCAAGUUCAGCAUUCUUCCCCUGUUAAUUCAGUUGUAGAAAUUCAUCAUCGUGUUCAUCAAAUCCCGAGUAAACUUCCAACCGUUGGAUUAACUGCGCCGAAGAUUCCAAAUUCACCGUGGAUGCCUUUCCCGAUGUUGUUUGCAGCUGUUAAAGAUAAAGUUCUACCGAAGGAUAUGGAUUCAAUUAAUCUUUUUUAUGACCAGUUUAAGAAGAAGAUGAUAACCCGAGAUGAGCUUGUGCAAAAGUUGAGAUGGAUAGUUGGUGAUCCUUUGCUGAGGUCCACGAUUAUCAGUCUUCAGAAAAGCAAGCCCCAUUCAUCUACACCAACUGGUGAGCUGGCUGUAAAGAAGAUGGAUCAGAAGUAGAGUUUGGACCUCCCGUACUGGUGCUGCUGCUAAUUAUGGGUUAGAGAAAUGCGUCGACAUGAAGAUGUGAAUAUCUGUUUUAAAUUAUUUCAUUUUUAGUAAUGUUUAGGAAACAAUGUGGUUUUACUUAAAAAACUAUUUCAGCUAGCUGAUGAAGAGGGAUUUUCAAUGAUGCUUUUGUUUAUGACCAUCUAUAAUCUAUUUUGGCAAAUUUCUGGUUCUCUUUGUGUGUGUUGUAUUAGUGAACUGUUAAACAUGUAUAUGUAUGUCAGUUCCCAACAGGUUUGUUCUGGUGCCA